AUGACUGGUGAGUUGCGGCCCCUGUAUGAUGACAGCUGUGAUACAUUCCCAGUCACAGAGUCACAUGACUUCAAACAUCCCCCAGUCACAGAGUCACAUGACUUCAAACAUCCCCCAGUCACAGAGUCACAUGACUUCAAACAUCCCCAGUCACAGUCACAUGACUUCAAACAUCUCCAAGUCACAGAGUCACAUGACUUCAAACAUCCACCAGUCACAGAGUCACAUGACUUCAAACAUCCACCAGUCACAGAGUCACAUGACUUCAAACAUCCACCAGUCACAGAGUCACAUGUCUACUUCAAACAUCUACCAGUCACAGAGUCACAUGUCUACUUCAAACAUCCACCAGUCACAGAAUCACAUGACUUCAAACAUCCCCAAGUCACAGAGUCACAUGACUUCAAACAUCCCCCAGUCAGUCACAUGACUUCAAACAUCCCCCAGUCACAGAGUCACAUGUUUUCUUCAAACAUCCCCAAGUCACAGAGUCACAUGACUUCAAACAUCUGCCAGUCACAGAGUCACAUGACUUCAAAUAUCCCCCAGUCACAGAGUCACCUGUUUUCAAAUAUCACCCAGUUACAAAGACAGGUUCAAACCGACUGUGGUUUUGUCUGUCAGAUGUAG